AUGUAUAAUAAAAAAUUAUUAGUAAUCAAGUCAGAAGUUUACACAAAACAACAAUUAGAGUAACUAAAUCAGAAAGGAAUUCAGACUAGUCAUUUGAAUCUAUUGCAAUUUGCAUAUAAAUAAUUUGAAAUAGAUCAAGGCAUUAAUUAUGAUUGUAAUCCAAAAUUUCUACUAAAUGAAAGAUAUUCUAUUUCAUAGUGUUAAUGGAGUUUAAUCUUACAUCCAAUGUCAAACUAAAUGCAAAUCAAAAAAUUACUUAGUUGUAGGCAAUAAAACGAAAGAGAAAAUAGAGAAAGAAUUGGGAUGUGAUUCCAUCUAGGUUUUUAACAAUUAGAAUGAACUGACAAUGUAUUUGUUAUCAUAAAAUUAACAGUUGAAUUUGUUAUACAUAAUUGGUAAUCUGUCGGAAAUUGGAAUAGAACUCUAAAGUAUUAUUAAUCAUUAAAUUAGAUAAACAUUAAGUUACCAUCAUUGAAGGUUAUCAAACAUAAUCAAAUAAUGCAUAGGAAAAGUAAAAUAUUGAUUUUAGCUAAUUUGAUUACAUAGUUUAUUACAGCAAUUCAAAUUAUAAUCAAUUUAAAGAAAUGUAAAAAGAAUUAAAAGACAAUGUGCUUCAUAUUUUUAUUGGAUAGAAAUGUAGUCAAGGUCAUAAUGAGAAGAAUUUUAAAAUAUUGCCUGCUCCAACAUUUGAAUGUCUAUUAGAAUGUUUAUGA